AUGUCUCAUUACUUCAAGAACAUACAACCAGGAUUAGCAUCUGAUGAGUCUGACGAUGAUGAGCUUUCGCAUGUGCUGAGGAAGCAACAUGAGAGGGAUGAUCAGAACAGCGAGAGUGAUGAAUUUAGCUCCCUUACUUUUGGCUCACUAAAACAAGCAGCAGAUAUGCUACAUAAUGAGGAGGAUAAUAGUAGCUCUUCUAAAAGGAAGCUCCUGAAGAAGCGUGAGGUAUCUAAGAGUGUUCAGGAAUCCAUGGAGCCAGUUGCACCAGAAGAAACCGAUCAUUCUUUUGACGAUGAAAUAAGCUCUUCAGAUGCAGAAGCAGGAUUCUUUGAAUCAGAAGAUACUAUUCAUCCUGGUAGCAAGAAGAAGCAGAAGAAGAAGAAGAUAGGGAAGCAUGCACCCAAAGAACACUCUGCAAAGAAACCAGUCAGUAGAAUAAGACAAAUCGAAGGCCUGGAAAAUCCAAAGCAAGCAGGAGGAAGUCAAUUAUAUGAAGACAUUCGAUUUGACCGCUCCAUGGGUAAAGAGGAGAACUUCAAUAAGGUUCGCGAUAGAUAUAGAUUUUUGGAUGAAUAUAGGGAAAAGGAGAUAUCCGAUUUGAGGUCUAUGCUAGCUGAUCGUAAACUAAUGUCCAAGGUAUCAGACCAUGAAAGGGAAAACAUUCAAGCUAGACUAACUAGUCUAACAUCAAAGCUUCAAUCCAUUCAAAACAGAGAUUUGGAAGCCAAAAUAAUCAAAGAAUAUGAACAGCAAAUAAACCAAAGCAACAAAUCGAAAUUCCAUCUCAAGAAGUCCGAAAAACGUAAGAUCAUUCAAAAAUGGAAGUUCGAUCACAUGAAGUCAAAGCAAAGAGAGAAGGUAAUGGAGAGGAAAAGAAAGAAAAUACGUGGUAAGGAGUUUAAAAACUUCGAAUUCCAUAAAGGCUAA